AUGGACUCGUUGAAGAAAAGUUUGAUUACGCAGUGCAAUGUGAAAUUUAUCUCAGUCGGCGAUAGACCUUAUCCUAUCUCGAGGAUGCAAAAUAAAGAUACACAGUACGGGAGGUCAGUGCUGUGCACAUUAUCCGGAGAAGAAGGGGAGCUGCUAGAGGUGUACCCUCCACGAUCAAUCGAGCUGACUGAUGAAGACAUUUUGGAGUUCAACUGUAGGGAUCAGAAAGAUCUCAAUUUAUUAUUCAAGGCCGUAGAGGAAGAGAGUAGUAUGAUUUUGGGGGUUCAAACACACACUAGUCCCUAG